AUGGAGUGCAUGCGCGAUCAGCUUCACGACGGCGUUGUGCUCAAUGGACGAUACGAGACAAUCUCCCCUCUCAACAAUGGCUCCUUCGGCAUGGUCUUCCAGGCCAAGGACCUUGUAACCGGCGACAACGUUGCCAUCAAGGUCAUCACCAAGAGCUCCGCCGCCAUCAACUGCCCUUCUGCUUUCGCUGUUGAUGAGCGCUCCGAGGAGCUUGGCGUUCACCUCCACCUUGGUGAGCACUCCAACGUUGUCAACAUGCUUCAGUCUUUUGAGACCCAGAACCACAUCUACCUGGUCCUCGAGUUCUGCUCCAAUGGCGAUCUGUACGAGGCCAUUCGUGUUGGCAAGGGUCCUCUCGAGACUGAGCACGUGCGAGACUUCAUGAUGCAGCUUGUCGGUGCUGUCGAGUUUAUCCAUUCCAAGGGUAUCUACCACCGCGACAUCAAGCCCGAGAACAUCUUCCUUACUCAAGAUGGCUCGAUGAAGCUUGGUGACUUUGGUCUCGCCACUUCCGACACUUGGUCCUACGAGAUUGCCGUAGGCAGCGACCGCUACAUGGCUCCCGAGCAGUACGAUCCUGGCAACACUGGCUACUCUACCGCCAAGGCAGACAUCUGGUCUAUUGGCAUCGUUCUUCUCAACAUUCUCUUUCAGCGCAACCCCUUCGCUGUACCUGCUUCUUCGGAUCCUCUGUACGCCGACUUCGCUCUCGACCGUCAGAGUCUCUUCGAUGUCUUCCCCAACAUGUCGCAGGACACCUUCGAGGUCAUCCGACAGUGCUUGGCCAUCGACCCCGAGAAGCGUGACCUCAACGCUGUCAAGGACGCUCUCGACCGCGUCAUCAGCUUCACCACCGAUGACGAGAGCCUCGAUGACUUCUGCACUGAGGAGCGUGACGUUGUCGCUGUUGGAGCCAACCGCGAACCACUCCGUACACCUUCCAUCUCAACACCUCAGCUCGAUAACGGUGGAUCAUUUCCAUGGGCGAAGGCCUUGGCAAUGUCUCCACCUCAGCAGUUCCGUCAGCUCUCAGCCAUUCCCGACGACGAGAUCUACGAGGAUGAGAUGUUCGGUGGUCCUCCUUACGACGUCAAGCCAGAUACCGCGUCUGCCGUAUCUUUUGUGGACUCUGGAUUAGGCUUAUCUUUCAAGUCGGUUGACGUCAGCGAGCCAAAGUCGAUGAACUUUACCCGAUCUCGGCCCGUUCCUAUCUCUGGCUCACUCCCUGCCAAGGCUUUCAACAGCAUGUCUUCCGUCUUCGGUAAGAAGCGUGACGUGUUCUCAAAGAGCUGGAGUGACCUUUGGGAGGACGAUGACGAUGACGCACAGUUCCUUGCCGAGCUUGAGAACAACUGCCACUCCUUUGGAGCUCAGAAGUCGUCCAAGGCCAAGGCUGUUGUUUCUGAAGCCGGGUCAGGUGUGUCGACCCCUCGCGGCGGUUUGUCGGAGGUCAAGAACCCUGCCACCGUUCACAACAGCAGGGAUCGCUCCCCCAAGAGCAUUCGCAAUGCGGUCGACCAUGUCAGCGCUGCAACUGGAUUCGUUUUUGAGGAGCAUCGCACCCCUGCGCCGGCCAACAAGCGCUCCGCUGCCGACAAGUGGGCUGCUCUCGGCGACCGCCGUCGUAGUCCUGCCGUGCAGGCUCAGCAACAAGUCCAGCAGCAGACCCCAUCGAAGCCUAUGAGGUCUCCCAAGUCGGCUCAACCCCCGACCUCCGCCCGGAAGCGGAGCCGGACUGGCACUGGCAUGCGUCAGAUCAACUGGGGUCCCAGCCACAACGAGAACAAAAAUUCCGUCGGGUCUUGGGAGCAAAAGGUGGACAACUGGUACAAGAGCAAAGAUUGGCGCUCUCAUGCCGAUCAUCACGCCCAGGUCACGGACGACUUGGGCGACUUUGAGUGGGUGUGGUAA